AUGUUUUCUUGGUUCUGGAACGUGUUGACUUGGCUCGGUCUGGCGCACAAGAACGCACGAUUGGUCUUCCUCGGUCUCGACAAUGCCGGCAAAACCACUCUGCUUCACGUACUCAAGGACGACCGCCUGACCGCACACGUUCCCACUGUCCAUCCGCACAGCGAAGAACUCAUCAUGGGCGGGGUCAAGUUUCAGACUUUCGACCUUGGAGGACACGAAACCGCCCGACGCAUCUGGAAGGAUUACUUCGCCUCUGUGGAUGCUAUCAUCUUUAUGGUCGACGCCUCUGACCGGUCCCGUUUCAACGAGGCCAAAGAAGAACUCGACAUGCUCCUGAACACGAUGGAACUGGGCAAGACGCCGUUUUGCAUUCUGGGCAACAAGAUCGACAAGCCGGGAGCCACGUCUGAAGCCGAGCUUCGCCACUCCCUCGGAUUGAUGGAGCACGUCACGUAUGGCAAAGAGAAGAAGGACAACCUGAACGUUCGGCCGGUGGAAGUAUUCAUGUGCUCCGUGGUGGAGCGCAUGGGAUAUGCAGAAGCCCUGCAGUGGGUAGCUCAAUUCAUCUGA